AUCUUGCUCUCAUCCGCCAUGUCGUUGCCUAGGGCCCUUCUCCCCCUUUCCUCCCUGCUAUGUCUGGCCUCUAUCGCCGUUGCUAGCACCAACAGUCAUGUUGCUCGACACGCCGCUAACGGGAUGGAUAUGUCAAUGGACGACGGGAUGGCGAUGGCAAACGGGACCAUGAUGCCCAUGCUACAUUUCUCCCUUGGCGACACCCUAUACUUCGAAGGCUGGGUUCCCCAAACCAGAGCAGCCUUGUUUGGAGCCUGUGUCGGCUUGUUUUUGCUUGCAAUCGUAGAUCGCUGGUUGGCGGCUGUGCGGUCGUUGGCGGAGGCAGGUUGGCGUCGAGAGGUUACGAAACGACUGGGAGCAGACUGUGACGAUGAUAAGAACAAGAAAGCUCAAGGGCUAAUUAGGAGGAUUCGGCUACAGGCACCACCAUUUGUUCUUGCUCAUGACCUGACGAGAGGUCUGUUGCAUGCGCUCCAGGCUGCGCUGGGGUUUGCAUUUAUGUUGGCUGUGAUGACGUUUCAAGCUGCCUACAUUAUAACUAUUCUCGGUGGGCUGGGCGUGGGUGAGAUGCUGUUUGGGAGGUAUCGUGCUGCGGCCGAUGGAGCACACUAA